CACAUUCCACAUUCGACUUGUCAAUGUACUGUCAAUAUUUUAGGUUAUGCAACAGUAUAAGGUCAUAUUUAUUAAGUUAAUAAAUAAAUAGUCCAAUGCAAGACAGUUUUUUAGCUACUUAUUGUUAAAUUUAUUAAGUGGUGUUAGUAGUCUUUCAAGUGCACAGUAUAUUUCAAGUGUAUUAUCGUACAUUUUUAUAAAAUGGCAGAUUGUGAAAAUCAAGAAGCUCUAAACUUGCAAAAAGAAUUCGAAUGGGUGCUUCAUCAAGAAGUUCAUACUGCUCUUGAUCAAAUACAUGAAAUACUUGUUGAAUGUGCUAGAAGGUUUCCAGUUCAGUUAUAUGGACAUGACAAUUCUAGUAAACAGGAUAAAUUUGUUCUCUCAGUACCCCCUGAUCAAUUAAAGUGUGUUAUCACCCUCACUGGAGAUAGCAUUACCCAUGCAGAAAUAAGUUUUAAAGUUCAAAGGUCACAAUCAAAUGUUGUUCGCACAAAAAUUCAAAAUGAAUAUCCAUGGAAGUUGCAACAAAUUCAAGAUGCUGCAAAUCAUUUGCAACAGGCAAUAUACCAUAUAGAUGAUGUAGGAAAAAGUUAUAGAUUCAAAUCUUCAGAUGAAGUGCUACACAUUUUGGGCAAUAUAUUGGGCAGUUUGCAGAGGGGUCGUACAAGUCUUAUAGUUCCAAAGAAGAAAGCAAUUGAUGAUUUAAUUAAAAGUAGAAAUAUGAAAUCGUUGUCACCUAAUCUGUCAGAAGAUCUGGCUAUAAGUUUCUAUUUACAAAGUCAUAAGUUGAUUUUUGCUGUAUAUCAAUUGAGUGAUAAUCAUGGAAAAAUGAAGUUUGACUCUGUUCAAGCAGAAUGUUCAGUUCCUUGGUUAAAUGAAGUACUUGUACUGUUCACUGUUGGUUUGCAAUUAUGUCAGCAGCUUAAGGAUAAGAUUUGUGUAUUUUCUCAGUACAAAGAUUUUACAGUUGGAUCUCGACCCCCAAGCCCUUCAAAUACUUAACUAGUAAA